AUGUUACAAUCCACUCAAGUUGUAAUCUCAACCCUUUCUGCAUCACUAUCAAGCCGUCUCCUUGUAAAUCCAUGCCCCCAUUCCCAUCUGCAUACCCGUUCACUCACCAGUCUCGACUGCAUGUUACCUUUCCACUGUCAUCUGACCUUUUGUCGUGUCACCUCUGCCAUCUAUAGUACCCAAAUUACGUUACGCUGUUCCAUUUGCUAUCUGUGUUCGUCGCCUUCCGGACCCAUACCCCGGACCCAUACCACAGACUUAUUAAUGUUGUCCCAUCACUUUUGCUCGUUUUUGGGCGUAUGGAUACCUUUUCUUCAGAAGAUCAGUUCUUUCUGUCCGGUAGAAGUGAGGUUAUACUUCGGCAAGAAUCCUGCAGGCACUUAA